AUGCCCACGGGCAACGGAGACAUGCCCGCCAUGGACGACGAGUUUUCAGAGAUUACUCCUCGCCAGGUGACGCUAAGGGACCGGGUCACGGUUGCGACUCUGGUCCCGUUUCAUUCAUCCAAGCAGGUUCCCCAGUCAUUGAUAGUAUAUCUGUCUGGGCAAUUAAACAGAGAAAUUGAAAAGGGCGACACGUAUGCCAUGGUCGAUCCAAUUCCAGUGGUGCACUUUCGACCGUACUGGUUUUCGAAUUUUGGCGCGGUCAUGCUCAUUGGCGAUAUCAAGUCUGCGACUGAUGUCCAGAAUAUGGAUGGCAAUGUGAACUGGGCCAAGGCCUGCUUGGGGAGUUUCAACAUUCGUCCUAAUUACCCUGGUCGGAGUAGUCAUGUCUGCAAUGGAAUGUUUCUGGUGACGGAUGCUGCGCGAAACAAGGGUGUUGGUCGAUUGAUGGGAGAGGCGUACCUCGACUGGGCUGCGAGACUGGGGUAUACGUACGCCGUCUUUAACCUGAUUUACGAGAGCAAUGUUGCCUCGUGCCGACUUUGGGAAGGAUUAGGGUUCAAGCGGAUAGGCCGAGUUCCUGGCGCUGGUCGGGUCGUAUCAAAUCCGGGGGAAUUUGUUGAUGCAAUUAUCUACGGACGUGAUCUCAGCUCAGACGGAGAAGACCCCGUCACACAAGAUCGCUUUGACAAGAUCAGGUAUUACCUCAAGCACCAAAAGUACCCCCGAGGUGCGGACCGCGCAGAGAAGAGCCGACUCCGCAGCGCAGCGACACAUUAUAAGCUCAUCGAAGGGGAAAAUGGCGAGGGCGAGAAGCUUAUGCUCAAGGAUAAAGAAGUGGUCUCUGACCCGCAGCAGCAGUACGAAAUCGCACGGCAAAUGCAUUUGGAGCAGCACGCCGGUAUCAACAAGACCACCGCGGCGAUCGCGGUCAAGUACCACUGGGUUCGAAUCAAGGAGACCGUUAGUCGCGUCAUCCGUGAUUGUUCACAUUGCAAGGACACGCUCAAAGUCCCGUCACCGAAUACCGCCACGACUAGCACCAGCGAUGCAAUGAACACCGACUCGGACGAGGAGUCUAGCAAGCCGGAGUCUCUUGACCGCAUGCCCCGACCCGAGCCCAUGACUACCCAACCGCUCAUCCCGCACACCCAUACUCCCAUACAACACCACCAAAACCCAUUUGGCGCUCCAAAUUCGUCAAUCCUGCAAGGCCACGUUGGAUCCUUGAGUGAUUACGCCGUCCCAUUAGAUCCGCAAAUCAUGAACCUCAACCACAUCCCGCGGUAUCAAACGCACGAUGCCAUGGCCGACCCAUACGGCCACGUGCAUAAUCUCCACGAGAGCAACGUCCGGCAACACGUCACCCCGAAUGAGUACCGCAUGAUGGUCGACGACUCGGAUACAGAUGCCAACGCAUUGCAUCAGGGAAUUGACCUGGUGCACCCGCAAGCAAACGACGUGCAGAUGAUGAAGUAUCAGUACGUCGCGCACGACCAGGAUGAACUCGACUUUACCUGA